UUAGGCACAAAAUUGAGAACCACCAAGAUUGGAUAGAGUUGCCACUCAAACUAACGAGGCACGAGUCGUGUAGUUGUUGUGUUUACCACUUCGGCCAAGUUUCAGAAGUGGUCACCAAAAUGACCCAUGUAGGGGAUAACGUGAAUAAUCUUUAAGCUAGCAAAUUAAGGUGCCGCAAGUCAACAACGACAGAAAACAGACCUAUGGCAUUGCAAUUCUGCUUUUAUGCAUGCAAAAAUGCCUCACUCCACAGGAUUUACAUGACACAAUCAUCCGGUGAGAGGAAAGACAGUAUCCAAGAGGGAGCAAGGCCUCCGGCAGAGCAAUUUGCGCCGUUGGCAUCAACAUUCCGCCGGAGGCUACUAGUGGGUGCUGGCUCAGCUUCUCUAGUGGCUGUUGGCGCAAAUUUUGGUGGAAUUACAAGUUUUCUUCUCGGGUUAUCACCAGAAAGUGGUCGGAAUCUUAAGCUGGAUGUGCUUUAUCCAAUUGAAGGGUAUAGCCGUUGUAUUCAGACAAAUGAAGGAUUUGAAUUCGUAUAUCCAGCAAGUUGGGUCGGAGACCAGACUCUGCUGUAUAGAGCAGCUGAGAAGAAAGAAUUUGAGAGAUCACUUGAUCCACCUCCAAUAAAAUCCAGUGAUCGGCGGCGCAAGAACGUAAAUGAACCUGUUGUUGCUUUCGGUCCGCCGGGCUCAAAUGGCGAGCUCAAUGUUAGUGUCAUCGUCUCCCCCGUUCCUCUUGAUUUCUCGAUUGAAGCAUUUGGAGGACCAAAGGAAGUGGGUGAACCUGUGGUGAAGACGAUCACAUCGUCGUCCCGACAACCAGACGUGAAAGGAAUUUUGAUAGGGUCAAGUUUGAGAAAGGAUUCUGUGACGAAUGUUAAUUACUAUGAGCUGGAAUAUAGAGUCGAAAGCCCCACGUUUCAGCGGCAUAAUGUAGCAGUGUGCUGUGCUCGACGUGGCAGGUUAUAUACGCUAAAUGCUCAGGCACCGGAAUCAGCAUGGCAAAAUGUUGAAGCAGACUUCCGCAGAAUUGCAGGGUCAUUUAGUCUCAUAUCUUGAACUAAGAAAUACUAACAGAGGCAUUCCGCAAGAGCUGCAUAGAUUUCCAAAUGCACAGCUCAAUAAAUUAUUUAUAUAAUCUGUAUGCAGAUCUUGAACUGUUGUUGCAAUGAGAAUUCACCUUUUAGUAGUUGCAGAAAAA